AACGCGCGGCGCUGGCCGAGGGCAGAACCCGCCCCGGGUUUCCACCGGCCCGGCGAGGGAAGCUGGGUUCGCCCUCGGCCAGCCUCGGACCCCCGGCUUCGUUCUCCUCGGGCCUCGCAGGCAAGUUCCGACCGGCCGGGUAGGCUCGGCACCUCCGGUGGCCCUAGGACACGCCCCUGUGCCGACCCGUCGUCCACGCGUACCCGGCGGAGUCGGCCCACGGCGGCGCGUGGACACGCGGGAAGCCACGCGCCCAGCACCGCGCAUCUGGAUGCCUCCCGAGCGGCCUUCCUGCGGGUCGGCUGACUGGGCCACGCGAGAUGCAGGGCGGGCAGGAGGUGGGGAGCGCGCCCGUGAAUGAGUCCGCGGGGGCAGCCGCGGAGGACGCGCCUCUCCCGGCUGGGGGACCGAGUGGAAACAGCACCCCGACUCCGCCUGCUGCCGAAGCUGGCAGCUCCAGGCUGCAAGGGGGUCUCUCCUGCACCCCCAGCUGCCCCCACCCGGGGGAGCUCGGCGGCGGGUGGGGGGACUUCGAGGGCUUCCGGGAGUCGUCAGCUAAGUCUCAGCAGUUGUCUCGGUGCUUUGAACUCCUGGCGAGAACCGUGGGCCCGCGGCCACCGAGAACCUCUUCUGUGCCCGGGGACUGGAGUUCGCGGCAGGCGCAGCACGAUGGACCCUGGGGGUCCGGAGCCGCUGCUGGCCGGUCUUCAGAGUCCAUUCUCAGCUAUGAGAAUGUUUUUAGGUUUGCUUUUCAAGAAGUCCCAGUGGAGCAGGCACCUGACGACGUUUGCUCCUUAGACCGUUUCUUAGAGAUAAGCUGUGAAGAAAACCCUGGACUCGCAUCCGUGCCUAGACUGUGUUCUGAAUCUAGGAAACUCUGGAGAGCUCUUCAAAACACUGACACCGUGUCUUCGUCUCCAUGCCUCUGGAGCGAGUCUCGCUGUUGGGAAAACCUCUUUCCUGUUCUUGGCAUAGACGCUGCUGAGAAGAACCUAUCUGGAGGCCAGAGUCAGGUUCUAGAAGGUUCUGAUCCCAGAGAGCCUGAAGAGCUGCUGCCAGUCAGCAGCUUCCGCCUACACCACUGCAAAGCCCUGAUCCAGACCAAGCUCUCAGGGACGCCUGACAGCAGACAGGGGAGCCUGAUCACCUACAGCCUGUUUCUGAAGACACCAGUACAUGGGAAUGGGCACUACAUCACCAUUCCACAGAAAAAGAUGUUCACACCACGCAACCUAAAAAUGGCAUUCUUUAAUAAUUAUGUUUGGUAAAAGCAGGAGUACUUUGUACCUUUAGGAGACAUUUUACAUUUUCUUACUGCUUUGUUUUGACUAGAAACUGGGAACUGUUCUGUGGAGCUGUUUCCCACAUCCAUGUCAGUUUCCUAGGACCUUUGUCAGUCCACCCUGUACCCAUGUGCUCAGGAUUGUCCUUGGUCAGGGCCAGUUUCCAAGCAGGGUCUCUGGGGACACUGUAGGCUGUAUCCCGAUGCCUGGUGAUGACCCAGGCAUGGCGCUCAGUCAGAUCCAUGAGUUCAGGAGAAAUUGGGUGACAGCUGCUGAGCACAUGCAGGACCCUGUGUGCACGGGUGAUGGCAUCCCUCCUGCUGUUUUCCUGAAGUGUGUACAUGCCUGUGCUGGGUCCCACCUUCACCCUGCAGCCUGGGGAUGGGCGUGUGUCUCUUAGUGAAUAGGUUGGUGGGACACCACACUGGGUGGCCCAGGAG